UACAUAAUAAAACCUCAAUACUUUAUUCAAUGAAAUACAAAGUAAGUUGCGUUUGGGCAAACACAACUGUAACUGUUAAAUAAUUUUAAGAGUCUAUUUCAGUCUUCAGUAGUAAAAUAAAUAAAAAUAACAAAUAAAAAACAUUUUCUGUGCAGUUCUUCCCUAAGAUAGAGCAAAUAGCUAGUAAGUUUAAUAAUUUCAAUUUUUCCCUGAUACCACAUACAGAUAAUAAGUAAAAUACAGUCCAAAGACGAGUAUUAAAUGGAUAUAGCCCUAUAUUUACUAACACAUAAAUUUAUUGGACGUCAGGAAAUUUGGCAAGCUGACAGGAACUACAUGUUUUGAGGGAUGCAGACUGCUCAUUUAUUAUGUGGCACCCCGGGAGCUCUGACAGCGCCCCAGUCUAGACUAGCGGCUGUAACCCCAUGGUACCGGACAUCACCAACCGAGUAACGGGGCGCAGUCGUGCCACCCCGCGCGAUCCACCCCUACACUCAGUGUGCUCACAACUGCCGUGAGAGCCGUAUAGACUGGACCGCCACAGUCUAACCGUGAUCAGGCUCUUAAACUAGUAUACGAGUGGGUGUGUGUAUGUGUAUAAGUGAGUGGUACUUGUGGCGUUUGGCUGUCCUUAACCGAAUUAUUAUGGAUUCCCAAAUAAAAGGGGAGGAAUCCCAACUUUAGCCAAGAUCUCCUCGUACAAGCCAGAUGUCUGAAGGAUGAGGAAGAAUCGGUGGGACAGAUGACAGAUCCCGGAGUCCUCUAAGUAUAUGGCCGUGAGCUGUCCUGGAAGUAGAGUCUUACAGCUGACUGAACGUCGGGAGAUAUCAGGAAGGUAUGGAGUCACCGGUGACUGGAAACUUGAGAAAGCCAGUGUUGUUAUUAGCAAUAAAGAAACUAAGGACUCAAGAUUCAUUAAUGGACUCAACCAGUUUGAACAAAAUGGAGUCAUUAAAGGCCAGGAGAAUUCAAAUAUUAAAGAAAAUGUUUGUCAAAGAACAUCCAAGAAGUGUGUUAAGUAUGAGAAAGUUCGAAAAACUUUGCUCGAUACAAGAAGAAAGAAAGAAAAAACUGAAGAUAGGGCUACUAAACGAAAUUAUAAGAACGUUUCCAGAGAAGACCAAAGAAGAUCCAGAACCCCUGGAAACUCAAAAGAAAAGAAGAGUUCAAGAAGGUACAGAUUUCUCCCAAGUACGGAUACUGAGGUUAGAAACAGAGAAUGUCACAAAGGACUCAAUAAAUCCAGCAUUGGAGAAGAGAAGAAGAGAAGUUCCCAGAAAAGCCUUAGGACUCACAUUUUCCUCAGGGACGUCCAUUUAUCAACCACAAAGAACUAUUACCAGAGACUCGGGUAUUUCUGGGUCGGGAUGCUGUGGGCGGUGACGUUCAGUGAGUUUUGCGUGGCUCUUACCUCAAGUCGGACUGUAAGGACGAAAUAUGGCGACUUGUCCGGUGUCAUAGUUACGCCUGAUAACCGUUAUUUGGACGCUGUGGAGGUGUUCAAAGGUGUGCCAUAUGCCUCUCCGCCGGUCGGUAGUCUGAGGUUUAUGCCACCGGUGACUGGUGCAAUGUGGACAGGCGUGAGAAUGGCAAACCGGUUUAGUCCUGUGUGCCCUCAAAGGUUGCCGGAUCUGAAGAAUGAGACUGCCGCUCUUAAGAGGAUGCCCAGAGGUCGCCUCGAACACCUCAAGCGGAUCUUACCCUACCUCAAUAACCAGAGUGAGGACUGCCUCUACCUCAACAUAUACGUGCCUGCUCAUGCUGAUCUGCGAGAUAACCCUACAAUGUUCCCGGUCUUGGUCUACAUUCACGGCGAGUCGUAUAUGUGGGGUGCCGGCAGCCUUUACGACGGCACGGUGCUUUCCAGUUACGGCGGACUUGUCGUUGUCACCGUUAACUACAGACUGGGCGUUUUAGGUUUUCUAAACGCAAACGCUGACCCGCACCAGCACUCGCCUUCCAACUUCGGCCUGAUGGACCAGAUAGCCGCUCUACACUGGAUACAAGAGAACAUUGCACAGUUUGGGGGAGAUCCCAGGAACGUAACCUUGAUGGGGCAUGGCACUGGGGCUGCUUGCGUCCACUUUUUGAUGACUUCAACUGCUGUGCCUGACGGGAUGCUGUUCCAGCGCGCCAUCCUCAUGUCAGGUUCCGCGCUCUGCCCCUGGGCCCUAGUCAGGGAGCCUGCACGCUACACCAGACAAGUGGCUCGCCAUGUUGGAUGUCCCGCAGACAUUCAGUUGCUGCAGUGUUUGCGGGAGAGGCCGCUAGAGCUGAUCCUGUCGGCGCCUGUAGAGUCCCCGGAGUUUCUCACCGCCUUUGGACCCUCUGUGGACGGUGUAGUUAUUGGAGGGCGCAGCCUGAGUGACGACAUUGACGAUCUCCACGUGAUGCCUCCAGGCUCCGGACCUAUCCAUUUUCACAACUUCUUGAAUCUCAACAACCCCACGUUCAGGAAGUCAAUGGUCGCCAAGAUGUCUCGGUAUGACCUCCUCAUUGGCAUGGUCAGACUUGAAGCCUACUUUUCCUUUACAGCAGAGGACGUGCAAUAUGGUAUUGAAUCUGACCGAAAGGCCCGCAUCAUGAGAACUUUUGUGAAGAACACCUAUAGGUACCAUUUGUCUGAGAUACUUGCGACUGUGGUGAACGAGUACACGGACUGGGAAAGGCCGGUGCAACAUCCUAGUAACAUUCGAGAUGAGACUAUGGAUGCCCUGAGUGACGCCUUGGUAGUGGCACCUCUGGUACACACGGCCGACCUCCACUCCCCUACUCGCAACGCUGGUAGCUACAUGUAUGUCUUCGACUACCAGACUCGACUUGGCGACUAUCCGCAGAAACAAGGUUGUAUUCAUGGAGAAGAGCUGCCCUACGUGUUUGGAGCUCCCCUCGUCUCUAGCAUGAUGCAUUUUCCCAGGAAUUUUACUAAAACUGAGAUACAGCUGUCUGAGGCUACUUUGGACUACUGGACAAACUUCGUCAAAACAGGAAAUCCAAACCAAGGCACGGAUAUUGAUUUGCCAUUGGGAAUCCGUUUGGAACGUCAAAAAAUAAAAAAUAUAGACUGGGUUACUUAUGACAGAAUACACAAGAGAUAUCUCCUUCUUGACAUGAAGCCUAAGAUGAAAAGCCACUACAGAGCACACCGCCUUUCAUUUUGGCUCCAUCUUGUACCGGAUCUGCACCACCCGGGCGGGGAGGAUGUGCCACGCUCCCACCAUCAAUUGGACAACGACGAUUCUCCUCAUCAGGAAUCAGAAGUUAAACCACAGAAGAAGGCCUACAGUCCACCACCAAAGCAGCUUCAAGAGAUUAAGCCCUUGAAGAACUCCAGUCACGACAAUCCACCCAUGGUGAUCGUGGCGUCUUCCAAGGGUUCACCCAGACGCCAAAGAGAAGAUGGUUUUGCUGCGUACUCUACUACACUCACCAUUACACUGACCGUCGGUUGCUCCUUACUCUUCCUCAACAUCGUAGCGUUCUUAAUGGUGUUUUACAGACAAAACCGGGACCGAAGGAAGACUCCUCGCCAUUCCAGCAGAGUCACUUCUGAGAACGUGGAAAAGAAACUAGAGAAUGGAGGACCAAUGGCUACAAUUUGUGUUACUUCAGGUGCAACUGAAUGCAGUCUGUCGACUGUUGAGACAAUUCUGACUCCAACACCAACCCCUAUUCUGAGGGGUUCCGGUAGAGAUUUGAGACUUCUCGUCCUGCAAGCUCCCCAAGAUAUUUCACCCCCAUGUGAACUUCAAGAACCACUGGAUGUACGACCUCCACUUCCACCAAAGACCUCCAAAUUAACGCAGCAAGUGCCGACUGAGACACAACCUCUGUUAUUAGCCAGCACGCACCUUAUCAGCGGCUCUCAUGGGACCCUUACUAGGAUAAAGGAAGAGGACGUUCUCCGCGUGUGACUAAAUCGUAAUUUUAGGAUCAUUUGAGAGUUUUAAAUCUUGGAAUUGUUUAUGCUGAUAAGUGGUAUACGUCCUUGUGAACUUACAUGGAAUAGGGAAACCAUUAAGUGAUAUUAUAUCAUAUGUAAAUAACUUUAGUAAUAAACUCCAAAAUAUAAUUUGUUGUACUAAAGAAUAAUAGAGUACAAAUAUACCUAAUAUUUAAAUAAAAUGCUAAAAUGCAAACAAACAUUUUUUUUUAGUCUAUGUACUUUUUGAAAUUGUUUAUGUUUUGAGAAUAAAUUAAAUGUAUAUUAAGUUUUUAAUACCUGUAACAACAUUAAAAGUAUACAAGUGCUAAACAUGGUAAAUCUUCAUCAUUGCAUAAUUGAAACUCCAAAGUCUUCAUCUCGAUUACGUUCCGGAAAGAUGAAUAUUAUUUAAUGUAAAUGUAAAGUUAUAUUGUUUUUACAAUGUAAUACAAAAGAUCGUAUUCGGUAUAAAAUAUUUUAAUUUUGCACAUAAUUUGCAAUAAAGGAUUUGAUAAGUAGAUGUACUGUGUAUAGAUAAAGGUUUAUAAUAAACACGAAGAUUGUUUUUA